GAAAAUAGUUAGAUUCGUCCUCCACAAUGGCAACAAACCGGCUUGGAUUUUUCUUUGAGAGACAGUUUCAGCGUUUAUAUCAGCUCAGAAAUGGAUGUCAAUCCUGGAGACAGGCACUAAAACAUGGACGACCAUCUGCUGUCAGACGAAUUUGUCAGCCGUUAGCAGUAACAGCCCCUACCCUGUCGCUCUUUGGGAUUUCAUGGGGAGGUAGCAAGCCAAAGGAAGGAGCCCCAGAGCCGGUGAAGGGAGAGACAGUUCAAGAUCAAAAGACCAUUCUUUUGGAACGGGCCGAUCGUUUGUACUCUGAACACAAGAUUGACGAAUUAUAUGAUCUACUUAUUGAACACAAGGAUUCCAGAGAUGAUGAGAUACUGUGGCGGUUAGCUCGCGCGGCUGUCGACCAGGGGAAGCUUAGCGACAACAAAGAAAUCCUACAAAAAAAAUACUAUGAGGCGUUUGAAUUCAUCAAACAAGCUCUUGAAAUUAACAACCAGAAUUAUGCUGUUCACAAGUGGUAUGCUAUUUUACUGGACUACACUGGGGAGUUUGAGGGGAAGAAGCAGAGAAUCAAGAAUGCCUUCCAAGUCAAGGAACAUUUUAUGAAAGCUGUGGAACUUAACCCAAAAGAUGCUACUUCUAUACAUUCACUUGGUUACUGGUGUUUCACGAUGGCUGACCUGAAAUGGUACGAGAGGACAGUUGCCUCGGCACUGUUUGCUACCCCACCAUCUUCUACCUAUGAUGAGGCUCUUCAAUAUUUCCUGAAAGCAGAGGAAGCUGAGCCCAACUUCUACAGUAUGAACCUCCUGAUGUUGGGAAAGACCUAUCUUAAGCUACAGGAUGGUAAAAUGGCGUACCAGUAUUUGAGCCGCUGCAGGGACUACCCCAUGAACACACCGGAUGACAGAAGGGCUAAUGCCGAAGCCAAGCAGUUAUUAGCCAUGCUGACCUCAGGUGCUGGACGAAAAACAAGAGAUUGAUAUACUAGUGGACAAAUAGUUGUAAUGUUGUAUUAGGGACUGUAACUCCUGGUUAUAUUUAUGUUUGUGUCCAUGUUGUUUUCUGUGAUUUGCUAGCAAUCAUGAAACUCUUUCAAUAUGAAUUGGUAGUUUUGGCAUCCAUUGAAAAAUGUUUCUUAAUAGAAACUAAGAAUUUUCUUUUAAGCUCUAAUAAUUUUCAAACAUGUUGCACAAUGGACGUUGACAUUCUAUUUUCAGUCACAUUCAGUCACAGAAAAUGGACCCAUUUCUGUUGUUUUAUGGUUAUAUCAUUAUGUAUGUUGAAGUUCAAGGUUAUUGUUAUCACUUUUGCCAAAGUUUCAAGAAAAUGUACACAAUCAUGAACACUGACGUUGAAUAAGUAUACAACUAUCUUGAUUCUAGAUAAAUUUAAUCAUGUAAGUUUUGUGAAUGUAAAAGACUAAAAAAAAUGUGUUUGUUUAGUAUCUACUGAAAUAAUGAAGCAAUAGUUUGGUGAAAAAAUCUUGAAAUUCAGACGAAAUUAUCUUUUGGUGCUGUUCUGAUAACUAUUGAUUAUAUAGAUAUUAAAUUGAUAAAUUAAAAAUCAUAAUAUGCAUUUGAUUUAUUUCAAAUCAUUGAAUAUAUAUGUCACUGAAAAUUUAUCUUGAACCAGAAUGGACUCUAAUGCAGGCCUUUCACCAUUAUAGUGUCGCAACAUGUAAAUGGUAAAUGUGCUUGUUUUGUAAGGGACUGAAAGGUUGCCUUUUCUUUGUACCGACAAGAAAAAAUAAACUCUCAGGUACUUUUUUUUUUUUAAAAUGUAGGGGGCAUUGGAUUUUAUUUAAUAUCACUCAUUUAUUUUCAUGUCUUUCCAAAAAGGUUACGUAGUCAAUAUUUAAUUUAUCAGCUUAUAUGAAUACUGAAGAUAUAUGUCUGAUUAAACAAUAGAUUUUCAUGGAUUGCAGAAAAAAUCUAAAUAGUUUCAUCAUAAUAUUUUUUUAUA